AAAACUCGUAAUCUAGGUGUUUAUUAGGUACACCUGUUCAAUUGCUUGGUUACACAAAUUGCUAAUCAGCGAAUUACAUGGCAGCAAUUCAAUGCAUUUAGCCAUCUAGUCAUGGUGAAGAUGACUUGCUGAAGUUAAAAUCUAGCAUCAGAAUGAGGAAAAAAUGGGAUUUAAGUGACUUUGAACGUGGCAUGGUUGUUAGUGCCAGACAGGCUGGUCUGAGUAUUUCAAAAACUGCUGAUCUACUGGGAUUUUCACGCACAACCAUCUCUAGGGUUUACAGAGAAUGGUACGAAAAAGAGAAAAUAUCCAGUGAGCGGCAGUUGUGCGGACGAAAAUGCCUUGUUGAUGUCAGAGCGGAAUGGGUAGACUGGUUCGAGAUGAUAGAAAGGCAACAGUAACUCAAAUAACUACUUGUUACAACCAAGGUAUGCAGAGUACCAUCUCUGAAUGCACAAGACAUUGAACCGUGAAGCAGAUGGACUACAGCAGCAGAAUAUCACACUGGGCACCACUCCUGUCAGUUAAGAACAGGAAACUGAGGCUACAAUUUGCACAGGCUCACCAAAAUUGGACAAUAGAACAUUGGAAAAACGUUGCCUAGUCUGAUGAGUCUCGAUUUCAGCUGCAAAUUUCAGAUGGUAGGGUCAGAAUUUGGCAUAAACAACAUGAAAGCAUGGAUCCAUUCUGCCUUGUAUCAACGGUUCAGGCAGGUGGUGGUGGUGUAAUGGUGUGGGGGAUAUUUUCUUGGCACACUUUGUGCCCCUUAGUACCAAUUGAGAAUCAUUUAAACCCCACGGCCUACCUGAGCAUUGUUGCUGACAAUGUCCAUCCCUUUAUGAUUACAGUGUACCCAUCUUCUGAUGGCUUCUUCCAGCAGGAUAAUGCACCAUGUCACAAAGCUCAAAUCAUCUCAAACUGGUUUCUUGAACAUGACAAUAAGUUCACUGUACUUAAAUGGCCUACACAGUCACCAGAUCUCAAUCCAAAAGAGCAUCUUUGUGAUGUGGUAGAACGGGAGAUUCGCAUCAUGGAUGUGCAGCCGACAAAUCUGCAGCAAUUGUGUGAUGCUAUCAUGUCAAUAUGGACCAAAAUCUCUGAGGAAUGUUUACAAUACCUUGUUGAAUCGAUGCCAUGAAGAAUUAAGGCAGUUCUGAAGGCAAAAGAGCGUCCAACCCAGUACUAACAAGGUGUACCUAAUAAAGUGUCCGCUUAAAACGAUGUUGGACCAAUACAGAAGUAGCCUAGAAAUCUGGUAAAGAACUCUCUGUAUGAAAAUGGAACAGCCCAUUAAAGAUAUCCUGGGAACUCCAAAGGUUUCGGAGCCAGUGAUGAUAGAGAAGACUAGCAAUGACUAUGUUAUUACAGCUGCUCCGAGGGUCAACGAAACCCAACUCACCGCUGCGACUGGCGGAGCUGAACUCUCGUGUUACCGCUGCACCAUCCCGUUCGGUGUGGUCAUACUUAUAGCUGGAGUGGUAGUCACAGCUGUGGCCUACAGCUUCAAUUCUCAUGGAUCCAUAAUCUCUGUGUUUGGGCUGGUCCUACUGUCUUCUGGACUACUUUUGGUAUGUUCAAGUGCAGUGUGCUGGAAAAUUAGACAACGAAAAAAGAGAACGAAAAGGAGAGAGAGCCAAACAGCUUUGAUGGCCAAUCAAAGGAGUUUAUUUGCAUAAAAUAGAACAAUGGAACUGCAUCUGCUAUAAUUAGAUGGACCAGCUAGUAGGUUUAUGGACAUAACCAAAGGAGUGAUUGCAUUGGCAACACUUCCUACAGAUUGAGAUGUAUAAAUUGUACUAGUUUAAUUAGUAACAAUGCCAUAAUCUUAAUGCAAAAUCAGUAUAAUACAAAUGUGUCACUAUAGUUUAAAGUGAUGGUAAAUUCUCCGGCAUAAAGUCACAUAUUAUGAAAGCUCCUGUGCCAACUUGCAUAUCGAUCUGCUUUUAGCAUUAAAAAGUCCAAUCUACCUUUAAUAAGUAAGGUUGCUCUCCGGCUCCAUUAACUGCUGUAAUGCAGCCUCUGUUACAGAAUUUCUCUCUGGCUUGUUUGACUGGCAAUUGUUUUAGCCAAUCAGAGCCUCACCAUGCGCCCUAUGUAAAGUAUUGACAGCACGCUCCUGUGCUUGUAACUCUAACUGCAAGAAGAACUGUUUACUGUUUCUGAUGCGCAAACAGCGUAGCGAGUUGUACAUGCGCAGUCCUUCUUGCAGUUAGAGUUACAAGCACAGGAGCGUGCUGUCAAUACUUUAAAUGGGGCGCAUGGUGGGGCUCUGAUUGGCUAAAACAACUGCCAGUCAAACAAGCCAGAGAGGAAUUCUGUGACCGAGGCUGUAUUACAGCAGUUAAUGGAGCUGGAGAAAAACCUUAAUUAUUAAAGGUAGAUUGGACUUUUUAAUGCUAAAAGCAGAUCUAUGCUGGAGAAUUUACCAUCACUUUAAGUAUUAACAAGUUUUCUAGCCUGCCUAAUUUCUAAAUACAUUUAAUUAAAGGGACGUGACACCCAAACUUUUUCUUUCAUGAAUCAGAUAGAGAAUACAAUUUUAAACAAGUUUCCAAUUUACUUCUAUUAUCAAUUUUGUUUUUUUUCCCUUGUUAUUCUUUGUUAAAGAGAUAUCUAGAUAGGUAGCGUGCACAUGUUUGGAGCACUGCAUGACAGGAAAAAGUGCUGCCAUCUAGUGUUCUUGCUAAUGUUGCAAAACUGCUGCCAUAAAGUUCUGCAGACACGUGCACACUCCCAAACUUACCUACCUGCUUUUCAACUAAAAAAAACAACAAGAAAAUGAAGAAAAUUAGAAGUAAAUUGGAAAAUUGUUUAAAAAUUGCAUGCUCUAACUGAAUAAUGGAAGAAAAAUAAAUUUCAUGUCCCUUUAAAAGAAAAACAAAAGAAAAUAUAUAUAAAAAUGUAAUUGGCAAUUGCCACAUUUUGUUUACAAAAGGGGAAAAAUAAAAUAAAUCACAUAAUCUUGGAUAGCCAAUUGAAAACAUUUAAAACCAGUGUAUAAAUACUAUUUUUUAUUGGUUGACGACAGAAUUUAAAUUAUAUCAAAGCUACAUACAAAGUCAUUUUCACAUACUGUAUGUACAUUUUCCUUUGCAUGAGAUGUUUAAAGCCUAUAAAAUGCAUUUAUAAAGAAUAGUUGCUUUAUGGAUUGUUUGAAAGGUGGCUUAUUGCUGUUAUCCAAUCAGACUCUAUAUGAUGUAACUGACCAAUCAGCAACUGUCUAUGAAACCAAGCCCCUUUUUAAACUGAUAAUAGGUUGAUGAUGAAAUAGAAAAUCAUACACUGCUCAAAGAUAUACUAAUGAAAAAACAUGUAAACCCUUCUUUUACUAGGUAUUGUUAAUUGUUUUAUAUACAAAGACUUACAUUUGUCAUGGUUAAAAUUUGCUAUUUUAAAUGCAGAGUAGAAAAAAAUCAUUUUAUGUACCCUUUUUUGUUUUUACUAAACAAACAUUGAAAACACAAUCUAAUUUGAAUAGACUGUGUGAUAUUUUCCUUUGUAAAACAACUUGCAGGUUAUUUUUUAGGAGAAAAGUUUAUUCACUUGUUCAUUUUGAAGUCUGUGACAUUGGAUGUAAGUAUUUUUUGUGCUGCAGUGAAUGAUAUUGGUGGUACUUCUAUUUUUGUAUUAUUUUUAUUGUAAUUAAAGUGUAUUUACGUUGCUAUUUGUAAUAGUUUGUUCACAGUGAGUGCUGCAAGGUGCAGUUUGUAUCUUUAAAAAAUAUGACAUCUUUUGUAAAUGAACUUUAACCUUAUCAAACAUAGCACUUUUUGAUCGUCUGUUUUUGUAUAAAAUGUACAUUUUAUUAAAAAAAAUAUUAGUGCUGCUAUAAAA